ACGACAAUAGAAGCUAUACUCCAUACGAGGAUAUAUUAAAAAUGUCAGCUGUAGGCGAUUCUGUAGGUGGAGAAAAUUGUUUUGAUAUUGAAAAAGUUUCAGAACUAUUUGAAGGUAGCCUAAUUGAUGAUGAUGAUGUUCGCAUGGAAGACUAUCUGGAGGCAUACGAAGAAAUCAUGAAAUUCUUUUUGCUAAUGGGCAGCGUGUUCACCUUUGUGAGCAGCGACGUGCGCACCAAACUGGAUAUUCUCUAUGAGCAUCGACAGCAGGACACUGGGAGUGAAAAGCAUUUCGACAGCAUCAAAACAAUGAUCCUGUAUGAAAAGGGUGCCAGCCUACUGCGUCAGAAAGGCUACGUAUCUGGCAGUCGCACUUUAUUGCGCCUACACCGUGGUUUAGAGUUUGUGUACGAGUUUUUGAACCGUCUGCGAGACGUGGCCGAUGGCGAUAGAGCGCACCAUGUCUGCAAGUCAGCAUACAACGACACGCUAGCCAGGCAUCACCCAUUCCUUAUACGCAAAGGUGCCCAGGUGGCGAUGUUUGCGAUACCCACGCGCGGCGAGCUCUUCAAGCGCGUCUGUCACGAUGCGGAUGUGCCGCGCGCCAUUGAAAAGCUGCCAGAUAUGUUGCAUCAUAUGCGUAUGGUAUACGAUCGCACGAAUCAACUUUAUACGCUAGAGGAGCUGCACGCUCUGCCUUAGAAUUCCAAAUUCAGCUGAAAAACUAGGUCAAUCUUCUAUUUGUCGUAUUGUGGAAUGUGUUAAACUAUUGUUUUUUUUUUUAACCUCUACUUCAACAUUUGUGUUACUGUUUGUAUUUAUAGCCUCGCCCAUUGGCUGUGCACGUGUAUGUCUUAUUAAAGCUUAGCAUCGACUGAA